CUGACCUCGUUUCUUAAAAUGGCCGUCUGGUGGAACUAAUUUUUGUAGCUUUUGCGAGAUUGUGUUGGAAAUUGUUUAACACUAUUUAUCAGGAUGAGCGCAAACUACGUGAGAAAGAUGGAUCUGUUAAGGGCAAGGAUUUUUGGCAAAUUAACUCGGCAAGUUACCCCACAGUAAGUACAGUGAAUAGUACAUACAUACAUACAUACAUACAUACAUACAUACAUACAUACAUACAUAUAUAAACUUUAUUUCGAAUAGCUCGAGAGAUUGAGUAACUCCGAGUAUAAUAAAAUUUAAGAAAUGCAACAAAAUUGAUAAAGUAUGAAAGUAUAAAAUUGUUACGCAUGCGCAUUUUAUUAGUCUUGUCUUAAAAAAAAAAACAGAAAGAAAAGAAAAAAUAUAUUUAGCAAUUAAUGAAUGAGGCUGAGUAGGAUAUGAAGAAUUAAGCAGAUCGAGGAGCAACCUCGUUCCCAGGGUUCUCUCCUACCUGCCCUACGCUCCGUAGGGCGGUUAGGAGAGAACCCUGGAAACGAGGUUGAUCGAGGAGGGUGUUAUUCACAGAGACCGAAGGACGAGGUGGAUAACACCCUCUGACAUCUUCUUAAUUCUUCACAUCCUAUGAAAGCCGAAUUCAUUAAUUGCUUUAUUAUUCAUUCAAAAUAAUUCCUAGUUUAAAAACAUAGCUAAAACAUGCUUACCUGCAUUGUUGUUAAGUUUAUCUUCGAUAGUGUACGUUUAGGUUUGUCCAGCUCCACAAAGUAUUCCCCAAAUAGCAGAUGUCGCCCUCUGAGUUGUCUUCUUGCUGUUUUUUGCUAUGUUUUUAGCCAUUAAUUGCCUAGUUCCAGCUGUAGUUCUUACUCUUGAAACCAGUGAAGUGUCUGCCAUUUUAGUUUUCGCAAACGAAAACAACUUUACCUUGUCCCCAGGUCUUCUCGGUUAACCAUGCAUUAACGUGUACAGGGCUGCAUUUUUGACGUCAUUUCCUCGUUAAACACAAAAUUCUUCCAAAUUUGGUCAUCAGUAAUUGGUUAUGGUGAAUUAUGCGUGCGCUCUUAGCCAAUCAGAAUUUGGGAAAUAUUUUGAACGAAUAAUAAAUAUAUAUAUCUACACAGUAACAUUAUGAAUAACGCGCUUAAAAGCAAUGAGAGAUUCAGAAGCAGACAAGGCUGUACAUACCUGUUGUUUCUUGUGAAGUUGAGUACUAAUUCAAACAUUUAAAACAUUAUUGUCAGUGGCAAUGCAUGUGAAAACAUAAAAAUGUGGUAGUGUUUCAUAUGCCAGAAUCUGAAAUAUUGAUAAAUAACAAAGCGUAGAUAACAAUAGAUGUCAGUGUAUGACAAUGGAUAAAGAACGGAAUGGAAUGGGAUGGGAUGGGAUGUGGUGACUUGGAUUAGGAGACAGCAAGACCUGCCCUCUUUACCGUAUAUAUUAACAUCUUAUCAGCAAGCUGGGAUUUCAGCAUACAAGGGAGCCAUUGGUAACCGCUAUCGGUCCAUGUAUGAGCUCACUGUAACUCACCCAUAUGAAUGAUGUGUGAAAGGCAGACCACACCACCUGGGAAACUUCCCCUACUCUUUUUGAACAGUGCUGUGGGUUCUUUUACAUCCCCUCUGAUUUGACUCAUGAAAGGAUGAAGGUGACAAGGCCAAUGGCUUAAUGUUAUUGCCCAAUGACGCAAUCAUCUCAAAUUGAGAAGUCUCAAAUCAAAACCAGCAUGAUCUCACCAGUCUUUAAAAUAUCCUGGUUAUUGAUCUGGCUGGAGUUUGAACCCAUGACCUCCUGCUCGGGAGACUAGUGCUCUCCCAAAUGAGCUAACCAGGUGGCAGAACAUGAAUAACAAUUGAUUGUAUAUUAAAGACAAUGGAUUCCGGUAUGAAAGUCUACCCUGAAAAUGACACAUCCCCUACCAAAUACUCUAUGCCAUGAUCAAGAUUUCUCAAUAUGAUAAAAUUAUUUGUCUUACUUCCUCGUUGUUAAUGUUCCCUGGUACAAAAAAUUUUCUGCCCAGCCCUGUACAUUUAAUAUGCAUACAGUGAUCUCAUAUUGUGUUGACGUAACAAAAAACUGAUGCUGGUACAUGCAUUUGAAGGGAAAAUUAAAUUGGAAGAUUCACAGGCUGAGAGAAAAUAUUAUACUCAGUAUAACUUUGUGUUUUUUUUUCUGUUUAGGUCAUACAAGGUUGUGAAACACUUUGCCAGGAGACCCCUAGGAAGUGAGAUAAAUUCUUAUUAUCCCCCACUUAAGAAGUUCCAGACCCUUCUCUUUAGGCUGAGACAUUUUGGAUUCUACUACGAUGAGCAUUUGGUAAGUGACUACGGUUGACUCAUGAUAACUAGAGGUUUAAGUCAUCAGGGUCUUAAUUAUCAGGGGAUAGAAAUGAUCAAUUAUUAAAGAAAUAAGACAGUCUUAUUAAAUUUAAAGUUCCUUGUACAAUUGAAACUCAGUUUUGCUGGUCAACAGGAAAAAUUCCCUUGGAGCGGGUUACAAGUAACCAAGGGUCACAAGAGUCUAACCAUAUCUCUCUUAUUAUUAUUAUUAUUAUUGUUGUUGUAGUUGUUAUUAAUAAUAUUAUUAUUAUUAUUAUUAUUAUUACCAAAAAAAGUGCAAAGAAAACAAUACUUUGUAAAUCUGAACAGAGGGGAAAAUUUUUGGUUUCUCUCAUAACAUUCAUUGCACUUUCUCAAGUUAGAGUUAUUGAUCAUAAAGUAAAUCACCUCUACGGAAAUAAAAUUGCUUUCCGUAAGAGGGAGGUUCAAGUUAGUGAGGGUUCUAUUUAUUGACAGUGAAAGCACAGAGCAAAUCUACAUUGUAGGGGAGGUCAAUUUUGGUUCACUUUAGCACAAGAUUGGAGUGGUAGUCAACAUUACUGUAGUGUACUUAAAGAGGCUGAACCAUAAAAGUAACGUAUGACAUUAAGAUUUUUUCAGUUUGCAUGCAUGUAAAUAUAUUAAAAUGGACAUACAUGUAUCAAGCUAUGGCCUAAAAUAGCAUGUACUAACCCUAUUCAAUAGAUAUUCUUAAUGCACACAUAUUUUUUAAUGGGUUACAAUAUAGACUUGACUUUUCCCCAAUAAAACCAAAAUCUACACUUUCUAGAAUUUCCGAGAGGAGAUGGCAGCAAAACGAAAAGAGAGAGGCAAAGGUCCACCAAAGAAAGGUAAAAAGCUGUGUUAUCCCUUUAAACCUUGAUAUCAACAUAUAUUUUCUCCUUCCUGUUCUCCAUAUGUUUCUUAUUGUACUGCGUGAGAGAAUUUGUUCAAACAUCAAGACAUUACCGUAGAACCUCGAUAACUCGAACUAAAUUUGCUUUCCUUUAAUUAAAAUUUCAUGGAAAUUUACCCCAAUAACUCAAAUUGCCCACCAACUCGAACUGUUUUUCGUUUCCCUUCAGAGCUCAAGUUACUGGGGUUCUACUGUAUUUUGUCAUGAUUGGCGAUCAUUUUAUUCGUUCUCUUGAACUGUUCCUUUGAUCUCAGUCAGCUCAGUCCUUUGUUGCUCAGUCUGUGACCAAGACUACAGUAGUGCGUGAAAGCUUUGCUAGUUGCUUAAUUAUAAAAACACAAUUAUUCAUGUGGAAAUUUUUCUUUAAUCAUCCAACAUGACAAUAUAAUUUUGAAUCAAUGGAGUGCAAUAACCCAAUCUUUAUAUAUAUUUUUAUUAUAAAACAGGUGAAGGCAAGAGGGCCAAGAAGAAGAAAUAAAAAGCCAAUAAUAAUUCUUUACAAAAUAAUCAUUGAGUACAGUUUAAAAAACCUGUAAAACAGGUCAUGUUUGGUCAACAGUCAUUUCAUGAAAUGUUGGCAGGGCUUACCUGGCUAGUAAUUCCCUCAAAAUUACAAACCAGCAGUGAGUCAAAAUACAGCUGGGUAAGCUAUCUGAAACCUGCUAGUCCUACUGAAUCUCUUACGAAUGCCCAAAUCCAUUCGCCAAGUAUUCAAAAAAUGUACCAUAAAAUAAAGUCAAAUGUCUGCUAUACUUCUGCCAUUAUUUUCGUAUUUACAUACAUAUAACAGUUGGCAAGCUUUUAUACACUGUGUGUCGGUGAAAUGAAGCGUGUGUUCUGACAGUAGGAGUUGAUAAAAGUGGGUUUUUACAUUUCUUUCAUUGCAAUCAAAGUGCUCUCUUUUGCAGUAGUGCUUACCUUCUCGACUAGAGUCUAUCUGUGUAUGUAGACUUAGAGGACAUUUGUUGCAGUUUGUUAGAAUGAAAGCUUCUACAGUAUGGUUUCUUUUGUCAGUGCUUUCUUACUUCUAUGUGAGAAUACAGACUUGAGUUUUGAUAUAAAAUUAUUUUAGCCUGCGAAUACAGCUGUCCUCUCCUCACUUCACAACACUAGGUGAACUAGGGAUGUUGAAGAGCGAGGAAAAAGGGCUGAAUUCUCAGGCUAAUACAAAUUAGUAGAUUCUUUCUUUUUAUUCACUGUGGUUUACACUCUAGCUUAGAACUCAUGUGUUGCACAUUAAACACGUUUGUGAACGGUUGGCGUACAAAUAGCAGAACAUUGCAGAGAGACUAUUAAUUUUUCUGUCUUAUUUCCUAUAUGACGUUUUAGAUUGUGCCGGGAACUCGAUGCACCGAAAAGCUAGUUUAGAAAAGAAAUUUUGGAAUUAGCUCCCGUAUUUUUUUUCACUUUUUGACAAAAUACCUAUAAGAAUCCUUCUUGCGGUUCGUCUUUUAAUGGCUCUGAUAGGUAACAGAUCGUUUCGCCCCCGGAUGUAAGUCGAUUCGACCGAUGUUAAGGGUUUAUUUGUCAUUCUUUCAGCCUGAGAAAAGAAAUAAGCGUGAAAAAACAGUGACUGCACAUGUGGAUCAACAACUUUUUAGAUUGAGAACUUCACACAUAAUUAUAUAUCAAAAAUUACGUAGUAAUAGUUGCGAUCGCUGAGGUACAUGUACAUGUAGACCCGAUGUACGUGUAGGUAGACUCCAGUUUUUUUUAUGAUGUACAGUCUUUCAGUAUCUCUUAUAUACAAUGUGAUAAUCGAGAUAGUUGAGAUGGUUCGGAUCACUGGACGUAUUUAGCAAUCGCAGUAAUAGAAUCCAGCUUAAUUAAAAAACAUCUCUGAUAAGCCGUGCUGUAUAGUUCUGUUUGUCAUCGAGCGAAUCGACUUACUUCCGGGCGAAACGACCACAAUUAUUCUGACAGACCUUUGAGCAAGCUUUCUGGGGAACUCUUGGGCGCCCGCCCCCAGGGAGCUUGCUUGCAAGCUUGUGGCCCUGAUUUCUUUAGCC